AUGUCUUCACUCGCAGUAGCAAACAAUAUUAAUGAAGCUUAUAAGAUUUUUCAAAAAUAUGAAAAUGAAUAUUUAAAAGCCAAAAACAAAUUUCUGAUGCAUAUGCGUACUUUGUUUAAAUAUGCAGAAGAAAAAGAUAAGUUAAAUGAUAUAUUUCGUUAUUUAGAAAAAUCUGAAAUCUAUAUAAGAAAUAUCUAUAUCAAAUCUUUCAUCAAAUAUUUAAUGGGAAUUAAAUUAAUAAAUAAAAGAAGUGGUAAUAAAUUAGAUAAAGAAAAUGCUAUAAAUCAUAUUAAAGAAUCUGCAGACAUAGGAUGUGGUUAUGCUAAACAAAUUCUUGAUAAUGAUUUAUUCAAUUAA